ACCGUCAUCGAUGCUCCCGCCGUUCCCUCCACACCGUCCCGCUCUCCGAAAAAGGGCUCAAGUAGUGCAGGACGGACACCAAAACGGAUGUCGAAGAAAGCCGAAGCGGAAGCCAAGGCGGCUCGGCUUGCCACGUACGCCAAUGACCUCUUCAGCGAUCUGAACAGGUCAGUUUUCGACAACGGGCUACCGAAAGAGACAACUCUCGUUUGGAACAAAAGGCUGCUUAGUACGGCAGGGAAAGCCAGCUGGCAUAGGCGAGUUUUCAGGCAUAGAUCAGGUAAAGAGACCACGAAGAUCGAAUUGGCUACAAAGGUCUUGGACUGCGAAGAGCGUAUUCGCCAUACCCUCGCCCACGAGAUGUGUCAUUUAGCUUCAUGGACCAUCAGCGGUCAGCCAAAAGAAGGGCAUGGAAAGAUAUUCAAAUCAUGGGCGGUGAAGGUAAUGAGGAAGAGGCCGGAGAUCGAAGUAUCGACGCGGCACUCCUAUGUGAUCAGCCAUCCAUACGAAUGGAAAUGCACCGAGUGUUCCAAGAUAUAUGGCCGGUUUGCCAAGACAAUUGAUGUCAACGUUCACAUGUGCGGCGCCUGCAAGAAGGGAAGGCUGGUCGCGAUGUUCACCACGAGGACAACGAAGGCCGCGAAAGAGUCAGCGGUAAGCCGGAUGGGUGCGGAUCAGCCACGAGGUAAACGUCCAUGUAUCCGAAGUAUACCAGCGUCAUACUCAAUCAUGACUUUCAGACUCGCCUCGCCGUCCGGCCCAAAUCUCGAUGGAGUUCAUUGGAUUAGACUCCGAUGA